AUGGUGCUGGACCCGGGGGCGGCGGCGGCGGCCGGAGGGCUGGGCGCCAACGCCGCUCCGCGCCUGCCCGACCGCCAUGGCCCGCCGCUCUGCUCCUGCCCGUCCCCCCCGCCCCCGGCACCGGGACCCGCGUCCCGUUGCCCGCGGGGAACCCGGCGUCUGUCGGAAACCGGCGCCGGGAUGCGGCGGAGCGAAAGCGCGGGAGGGGUGGGGGGGCGCGGGGGGAUGCGCGCCGCCGCCUCCCUGCCCCACAUCGCGCGGGGGCGGGGGGAGGAGGGCGGCGGGCGGCGGAGCCCCUGCCUGCUCGUGGCGCUGCGGCCCCGCAACGUGGAGGCGGAACGGGAGCGGUUCUUCCGCGCCAGCUUCGCCUACGACCCGCAGUUCGAGUACGCCGAGCCGGUGCCCGCCGCCGUGCUGGAUAAGUACGGAGCCGCCUCCGAUCGCUUCGUCGCUCAGGCGAUCCGGAUCAUUCGUGCCGUCCUGGAGAAGUACGGGACCUACGAGAGCUUCGAAGUCGCCACGGGCGGGAGGCUGCUGAGCAAGUGCCAGAUCUGGUCCGUGAUCCGAAAGUAUAUGCAGAAGGAAGGCUGCGUGGGAGAGGUGGUGGUGCAGCUCACUGAUGACCUCCUGUCCCAGGCGGUGAUGAUGGUGGAGGACAGCCGACCGACGCUGGCCAUCAACCUGGCCGGAGCCCGGCAGCACUGGCUGGAGGGGAUGCUGCGGCACGAGAUAGGCACCCACUACAUCCGGGGGGUGAACAACACCCGCCAGCCCUGGCACAGCUCCGAGGGCCGCAAGCAGUACAGCCUGAAGCCCGCCAACCCCACGGAGGAAGGCUUGGCCAGCCUGCACAGCGUCCUCUUCCGCAAGCAGCCCUUCCUGUGGCGGGCAGCCCUGCUCUACUACACCAUCGAGCGGGCCAGCCGCCUCUCCUUCUCCGCCCUCUUCCAGGACCUGGAGCAGUACGUCCAGGACGCCAGCGUCCGGUGGGAAUACUGCGUGCGGGCGAAGCGGGGCCAGACCGACACCUCGCAGCCAGGCUGUUUCAGUAAGGACCAGGUCUACCUGGACGGGAUUCUCCGCAUCCUGCGCCAUCGGCAGACCAUCGACUUCCCGCUGCUGGCUGCGCUUGGAAAGGUCUCCUAUGAAGACGUGAAUCGACUGAAGAAAUUUGGAGUCCUGGAGAAAGCCCGCAUCCCCCAUUUCAUGCAGGACCUGGAAAGGUACAUGAAGCAGCUGGACCACAUCGUCACCACCAACGGCCUGAACGAGGAAGAGCUGGAGCAGCUGCUCCCCGACUGACGGGCAUUCCUGCCCCCCCAGACCAGCGCCCCGAGGGUGUAACUGGUGCCAUUUAUUGGAUAUUUAUUGGGGCUGGAGCCUGGAGGAGAAGGCAGAGCCUGGGCCUCCUCCCCGGCGCCCGGGCGGCCGCUGUGCAUGUACCGCUGUGUAGGGUAGCGCGGCCGCGAGGGCCGGUGUGGUUAGUGUUGAUGUGUUCCCCCCCGCACCGUCCCCUGUGCAUUUUGGGGACGGCUGGGUGGCUCCGCCUGGCUUUGGGGAGCCGGAGAAGAGGGUUCAGAGGGAGCGAGGGCAGAGCUGGGGAGAUGCGCUGGUCCCCCAGAAGUGCAGGAGGCUGUGCUGGGGUGCUCAGGGUACCAGGGGGUGCUCCCAGCAGAGCAGGGGCACCGACUCCGGGCUAGCAGACGGGGCUGGGGACUCUGGGCUGUGCCUGGGGACUCUGGGCUGUGCCUGGCAGCCCUGGCAGGGAAUAAGGGCUGGCCUGCGCCCACUGAUUGCCCCAUGCAUGCAUUUCCCGCUCCCUACCCCUUCCCUCAUGCCCCCCACCAGCAGCAGGAAGGACUUUAAUCCCCCAAAUACCAACCUCUGCUCUUCCCCCCUCCUCGUAGCUAUUUGCCCACAAUUCAUCAUCGCUCUGCACCCCAACUCCAGCCACUCUGCCUGGCUCUGAGGCACAGGAGGACUCAAGGUGGGGAUCGGGCUUGAUGUAAGGAAAAAGCGUGUAAUAAAAACGAUGUAAUGGAAACAAUGUGUGGGCAAAAGGUUGUGGAUAGCAUCAAAAGCCAGGCUGGCACCACUGUGAACACCGACCGUGCGUCUCGCUCGCACAGGCGAAGCUGCAGGGCUCCGAGCUGGUGCGUCAGGAGCAGGAAGGGGUCACCGGAGCGUGUAAAACAACACACCGGGCAGGGACAACAUUAAUAAAUCAA